AUUGUCAAUAAGCGUCACGUGACGUCAGAGGCAGAGGGAACAGUAAAAGAACAAGAUGGAGGAGUAUGCCAGAGAACCAUGCCCCUGGAGGAUUGUGGACGACUGUGGGGGAGCCUUCACCAUGGGAGCUAUUGGAGGAGGAAUUUUUCAGGCAGUAAAAGGCUUCAGAAAUGCACCCUCAGGAAUGAACCACCGAAUGAGAGGUAGCUUGACUGCCAUCAAGACUAGAGCCCCACAGCUUGGAGGAAGCUUUGCAGUAUGGGGUGGCCUUUUCUCCAUGAUUGACUGUGGUUUAGUAAAAGUACGAGGGAAGGAGGAUCCCUGGAACUCAAUUACAAGUGGGGCAAUGACAGGAGCUAUCCUAGCUGCAAGAAAUGGACCAGUAGCCAUGGUAGGCUCUGCAGCCAUGGGAGGUAUCCUGCUGGCGUUGAUAGAAGGUGCUGGGAUCUUGCUUACUAGGUUUGCCUCGUCACAGUUCCCAACUGCGAAUACGGGGAAUCUGCCUGUAGUGAAACAGACACACACUCACACAGACUGGGAGCCUUGACCAAUCAAUGUAGAUACGGUCCCCAGUUUGCAGAGGAACCCGCCCCUGCUCCCAUGCCCACCCCCUCCUUUGGAGACUACAGACAAUACCAAUGAGAAGACUCUCCCACUUCUUAUCCACUAGGCCUUUUUGAAUUCCUUGCUGAUGUUACAAAGAAGAAAUGGAGAUGUCAAAUACCACACAUCAAACAGUAGCACCCAACUUAAUGGACUGUGUCAGACAAGUGAAGGACAAAAUACAUCUUCAUUUUCCUUCUUUUAAGAGCCAUGUACAGAUCUGCCUUUUUGCCAUUCUCAGCCUUGUCAUGUGCAUCCGUUUCACCUUACAUCGCUUUAAUGCAGACAUGCGGUGAGAUUUGUGUUGUUUGAUGUUGGAUGGUUUGUGUGGACGAGGUGUUUUUUCUGUUUUGUUCAUAUACAGUAUGUACUGCAUGUAACCCAACAAGUGGGAGAUCAAGACAGAUAAGCUCUGUUGAAUAGAACAAAAACCCAUCACACAUCACACACGGGACAUCAUGAAUUAUAUACAAGUAUGGUAUACUUAUGUGUAUAUACAGUAAAGGCUUUCUGUUUGUCUGUUCACUUAUGUUAGUCUUCAUUUGCCUUAAAUAUUGUCACCUGCUUGGGCUGGCCGCUGACAUUUAGCUGGCCUUUUUUUAUUUUAUUUUAAUCAGCGUUAUGAAGGCAAACACCAAUCAGAUACAAUGCUAUCCCUGCAAUACGCAUUUGUUUCAAAGUGAUUUAUUUAUUUUAGAUUGUACAGAGUUGUAUCAGAUAAUUCAUUUAUAUGUGACAGCGUUUUUACAUUCAACACAAAGGUGUGGAUAAGGCUGCCAAUGACAAAGGAUGGCUUAGGCAGUACAAAUGAAUGGUGAAACUCAAGCAAGGGAUUGAUGCAUACUGUAUGAAAUCUGUAUUAUAGAAUAUUCUAUGGUACAAUAAAGAAAUAAGUUGUUUAGUG